UUUGAGCAGCAAAAUAACAAAGGACUCGGUAACAACAAAAUUUGCGUUUCCAGCGCUUCUAUUCGCAAAGUACAACGUUUUUCGUGGACGCGGUUAUGUUGUGAGGCUUCCUGGUUUGGUGUCGAAGAAAGAUAACAGCUUGAUACUAGGAAGCCACCGUUAGUUCCUUGAUCUUCCUUUCCGAUCAACCACCGAAAAGUGAGCAUCGCGCUAGCAUCGGCCUAAAGAUGAAUAUAAAAAUGCCGGAGUUUGAUGUGAAAAAGUUCGUGAAAGGCGCGGGAUCCACGCUGUCCCGUGUCGUACAGCUCACGGAAGAGAAACUCGGUACGUCGGAGAAAACCGAGAUGGAUGCCCGAUUUGAACACCUUAGCGAGCGGUCGGAUUCGGCCAAACUGUGGACCGAGAAGAUAGUACGAGACACAGAAGCGGCGAUUGUGCCGAACCCGGCGAAUCGAGUCGAGGAUUUCAUUUUUGAGAAGAUCGAAAAGCAAAAACCCAAACGGCUCAGCAACCUUGAGUACCUGGGCCUGGACAUGAUCGAGGCUGGCGGGGAGUUUGGCCAAGACGGUCCAUACGGCAGUGCUCUGAUCAAGGUUGGUCAAGCGCAGCAGAAACUGGGAUCUUGUGAGCGCGACUUUAUCGGCUCGGCCGGAAUGUGCUUCAUUCAGCCGCUUAAAAAGUUUCUGGACGGCGAAAUGAAAACCAUCACUAAAGAGAAAGGCAUCCUGGAAAGCAAACGACUCGAUCUUGAUGCGUGCAAGAAUCGCGCUCGGAAGGCUCGCAGCAUGAUCGGCCAGCAAACGAAGGAUGGAAUAUCGCCCGAAGUGGCAUUAGAACAGGCGGAACGCGACCUUCGAGUAGCACAGUCCGAGUUCGAUAGGCAAGCGGAAAUCACCAAACUGCUGCUGGAAGGAAUCAGCACUACGCAAGCAACACACUUGCGCCACCUUCAUUCACUAGUCGAGGCACAGGUUCGGUACUACGGCCAAUGCAAUAAAAUAAUGUCCGAUUUGCAACGAGAACUGGUCAGCUUGGGUGGCCCUCAACCGUAUGUACCAGUAGCGGGAUAUGAAGAAGAGGAUACCUUAACUCAUCGGAUGAACAACAUCGAGCUGGGAGCCAACGCAGGUUAUCACCGGGCGCGUGUGCUCUGUUCGUACGAUGCCAAGGACGGUACCGAGCUGAAUCUCACAUCCAAUGAGGUGAUCUUUGUCUGUGAAUGCAAUCCACCGAACAGUGACUACAUGAACGGCAAGCAGGGUUUGCUGAAAGGAUUGGUACCCAAGGCGUUCCUUGAAAUGUUGGAUGAUGAGUAGAAAGACGGUGGGCGAUUGGCUGUCGGCGCCAGUCUUUUGUUAGAUAAAUGGUGAAUCGAUGAUUCGCUUUUGCACCAAAAUUUGCCAGGAUAUAAAUAUUAAACAUUACUUGUACGGUUACAUUACUAUAAUAAGCUCUGUUGCAAAGACGUUCACGAAUGCCGUGAGUCGAAAAAAGGCGUUUCAACUAUCUCUAGCAAACAUCUAUCGAACACAAGGUUCAAGUCAGCCAGGAGGAGGAGGAGGCGUUACUCUUUCAUCUGCAGUGCAACAAAAGUUUCUCUAACAUGGCCGGAAUUCUUUCGUAUCUCAUGGUUAGGAGGCAUGUAAAGUUAUAUUAGUUUGCGCGAUAUUAUAGCCCGCCGUCGUAUGGUGAUUUACUCCGUUACAAGACGCUUUUUGCCUGCAUGUUGCUCACAUCGAAAGGCCUUUUUGGGCUCCAAGAAUUUCUUCGUUGUUACGCAGUGUAGUGGUGAUCCGAAUCUAGUGAGAAACAACGAAUCUCAUCUGCUCUGCAACCAGUUAUGUGAAGUGUCCCCCUAUAGAUUUCGUGGAGUAUCGUACGCUUGCAGUAAAGUAAUUAUUCGGUUUGCUCCCUAGAUGAUAGCCACACACGGCACUCAAUUUACCGACGCACUUGUUACGGUCAAUUAACCAGAGAGUUUAGAGACAUACUGCAAUGAUUACUUUCCGGAAGAAGAUAGUAAGAGUGAGAACAUGUUUUCAUUGCAAACAAAAACAUAACAGAAUACUGCUACCCACGUUUACUCAGCUCCAGUUAGAUAUUGAUCCUAAACGAUAAAUAUGAUUAAAAGUUCACGUAUCCCCACACUCAACAUUCCCUCUUCGAUAAUUCGAACCAUGUAUGUACUCCAGGGUUUGAAAAAUAACAUUAGUUAUGCUUAUAUUGCUGAAUAGCUUCAAAAAACGUGCAAAAAGCGCCCUUAGACUCUCUAGACGAAGUCGACGAUGGUUAACACGCAUAAAUUUGACUUCUAAAAUGAGUCUUCUUUGCAGAACGUUUACGAACGAAAUUACACAAAAUCUCUACCACUACUACUACUAAACAAUUACUUGCAAUAACUGAUAUGAUACUUAACGUGCAAUUCUAGGCCGUAAAAACACGCAAAAUCUAUUCAAAACGCAAGCCAAGCGUGGUUGAAACAUAAACCCAACAGACAAAAUCGAAGGGUGAACACAUCCGCAACGAAUGAUUAAUAAACUAAAUCAUCGCAGUGGCGAGUUAAAGGUU